AUGCCUUUUCCAGCAACUCCAUCACCAUUCCGCCUCUCCCGCCGCAAGCCAUCCACGCGCCGCAGUGGCCCUCAAUUUGCCCAAACACCUCGGUUCCUGCUAUCACAGAAUGCAACGCAAAAAGAAGACGAUGAUCUUGAUGUGAUAGAUGACGAUGGGCCAUCUUCAACUCGCGAAGUGGCGCGUAACCCGCCUGCUUCCCAGAAUGCCACCCGCGUGCGCCAACGACGCGACGUGAUCGAGGGCUCCGAUGAUGCCGUAUAUAUAGGAGAUGUGCGAAUUGGAGCAAGAUAUGCGGACGACAUACCAGAUGAUGCCAUAGACAGCACUCCCCCCGAAGAACCAGAGACUCCGGGAAUCCUAGACGCCGAGUUUGAAGCACUGUUUGCGCCGGUCGCAGAUGGGAAUAAACGACGUCGCGUGGAGGGAGUGGCGCCCUUCACUCGAAACAAUCUAACACAACUUGAUCCAAUAUUGUCCUCACCACCUGAAACUGCGAACCCUCCAGUCGAUCCCCUCGACUUGCCCGAUAAAAGCAGGCAAGGCACUACCGCAUGGGAUAUGGGUACCCAAACUCCCGCACCAACUGCACAUCCAUUUGCACCAGCCACAUCCACCCCAAGCAAUAUAAAAACACCGUUUCGCAGUCGUCCUCGGUUUAUGCUUUCCUCAACGGCGAAGCCUCCGAGCAGCCAGUCCGCACCCAAAUUCAAACCAGACACGCCGGGGAUAACCCCGCCUGAGAGACGGAAACCGGCCUUCGUUUUGCCUCGCUCGCCAUCGCCGAAUCCGGAUGCAGAGGAUAUCCCUGCACCGUUCUCUCCCUCGUCGCGCACACUGCGUCGCCGUGGUCGAAACCGAGCCGGUGUGUCCAAUUAUAUUCCUGGCGGAAUGGCCGCUGAGGUGCGCAGCUGGAUCUUGGAAAUGGGGACGAAACGUGACCAGUUGCCAAAACCUCCCUUGGCUCAAGCCUCAGACUCGCAGGCGGUGGAUGCCUCGCUGGAAAGGUUGAAUAUGUAUCUCCUGGCUGUGCGUGUCAUUCAUGCCAGUCAGUCAGCUCUGAGCGGAUGUGGCUCUGUCGCCUUUCUUCAGGCAGAAGUGCUUAGUGGGAAUCAUGUGCAAGAGAAAAAUUCCGAUUCUGCAUUGAAUAUCAUGAUUAUGGGACCUUCGCGAUCUAAAUCCGCUGUCGGCCCAAUGCCCUCGCAUUCUGAUGCCACUGUAACGCCUGGUCUGCGGAAAGGGGAUGUACUGGGGAUCCACAGAGGGCUCAACUGGGAUUUGGAGCUUGGAAGUCACUUUAGCGGACAUCGAACAACUGAUCAAGUCUCUAGCCGCGUGUCGGAGUGUGGUCCAUCUGAAAAUGGCGGGCACCCAGAGGCAAAAGAGCGCUGGCUCAUAGCCAUGGAAUGGGACAUCGUCGAGACAGCUCCAUGA